AUGGAAAGCAGUUUAAAAGUUGCAACAACGUACGCAUGGGGAAAAAAUAAAGACGGAGAAUUAUCUCAAGGAUCUUCAAAAGACGUGCUAUUACCUACACCCUGCAAAGGAAUUAAAAACAAGAAUCUAAUCAUGGUCAUAUCAGGAGGUCAACAUUCUGCAGCCAUUGACAGCACAGGCAAACUUUAUACAUGCGGCUCUUAUCUUCACGGAAAACUGGGCAUUGAAGAUUUAACAACAGUGUCAGUCCUUUCGUUUACUCCUGUGACAGCAUUAAAAGAUAAAGUUGUAACUCAUCCCUUUGUAAGAUAGCAUUAUAUUGCCAAAAAUUCGAUUUUUUGGGGAAAUUAUAGCAACAAUUUUUUUUUGAUAAUUCAAAGUUUAUUCAAUUUAAUGCUUAUUUAAUUAAGGGAUAAAUUUUAAUAACAAUUCCGUUUCGAAUCAUUGCAAUUAAAUAUUAAAUACUAACUCCCCCCCCAUCCUUGAUCGAACGACUCGCCAUCGUUCGAUCAAGGAUGGGGUUUAAAAAAAAAAAAUUUAUAUAUAAAAUAAAAUAUAUAUAUAUUUUUUUUAUUUACUUUUAAAUAAGAGGGUUAAGAGUAUUUAAUAAUUAUUUUUACAGCAAAAAAUAAAUUAAUUUCAUAAAAAUACCAAUUUUUAAUAUUUUGAUUUAUUAGUCACCCUUUUAAACUGUAUAAAUUUUAAUUUGUUCCUUAUUGAACUAAAUUUUUUUUUAAAAAUUUUAAAGAAUCUCUAUUUUAUUAGAUUAUUGAGUUUUUAAGCCUAGGCUGAUGACUAAAUCACUUCGAAUGGUUGAUUUCGAAGCUUUCUGUCGUCUAAAGUCUCUAAAACAACUUAAUUAUGUACAUCUUCCCAAACUUUUGAUAGCUAAUAUAUUUUUAUGUAUAUAAAAAUUUGCAUGAUAUGAAAAAUCGUUCGAUCAAGGAUGGGGGUUAAUUUCCCCAAUUUUUAGGAAUUUUUACAGUCAAUCGUUCGAUCAAGGAUGGGGGGGGAGUAAAUAAUUUUAUAUGGCAAGUUCAUGGUGAGCAAGCAAAGGUUUGCUAUUUACUGAAAGGUGAAUUAAGACAAGUCGCCUGUGGGGAUUAUCAUACCUUAUGUCUCCUUGAAGAUGGCUCAGUUUAUACAUGGGGAGGAACAUUGCAUAAAAAAUUAGGCCAGCGAGGUGCUGGGAAAAAUAUCAACCAUCCUGGGCUUGUGUCAGCAUUCAACGAUAAAGAUGUAAUUUAUGUUGAUUGUGGAGAUUUUCACUCAAUGGCACUUACAGCUGAUGGAAAGGUUUAUUCAUGGGGAGGUGGGGGAAGCUUUUUUAACAGAGGGCAGUGUGGACAUGGAAAUACUAACGAUGUGGACAACCCACAAAUUAUAGCUGGACUUCAAAAUAAAUUUAUAACAAUGAUCUCAUGUGGAGGAUAUCAUACCUUGGCGGUCACUGAUAAUAACGAAGUUUACGCAUGGGGAAGUGGGCUAUAUGGAGAAUGUGGCUUCGGAGAGUUCCUAAACGCCACAAGUCCAAAACAAGUAUUAAUGCCAUGGAUCAAAAGAAAUGGAGAUAAUCAGUAUGGAGAAAUUGUCCAGAUUUCUGGUGGUGGUCAUCAUUCAUUAGUCCUUACAUCAGCUGGAUAUGUAUUUUCAUUUGGGUUUGCAUCUCAUGGACAGCUGGGACUAAGAAAUACAGUCAAUCAAGCAGAACCGAGACUGGUAAGUGAUUUAAGAACAAAACCUGUCAAAAUGAUUGCUGCAGGCUGGAACCAUUCAUUAGUUCUAACUCAGAGAGGAGAUGUAUUCGCAUGUGGAUAUGGAUUCUUUGGGCAGCUUGGGCUUGGCGAUGAUGAAAGUAAAACCAUAUUUACUCAUGUUUCUACUCUUGGAUCUAAAAAAGUUGAAAGAAUUUAUGCAGGUGGAAACCAUUCCUGGGCACUUUUAGAUCCAGCUGAGCCUAUUAGAGCUGACUAUGAACCUCCGUCUCCGCUUCCAGCUGAAAUGAGUCUCCUUGACAUCUCAAGAGUCCCCUCGCCUCCUCCUAGCAUUCAGCAAAGGUCAGGAACUCCAGACUCCUUAAACAGAAGUAUGCGCCUUGAAGGCUCAUUCCAAAAGCCUGAAACCUUGCUGCAAAUUGCAUACUCAGACAUCCAGUACUCUCACCGAUUUAUCAGAUUCAUGCUAAAAGAAACUUCUCUUGAGGUCGGAAAAGCGAAAGCAGAAGAAUUUGUCCAUGAAAUGUACAUGAGUGAGCUAGGAGUCCUAUAUCAUCGAAUUCAAGAAGAUGAUGACAUCGUAGAAGUCACCAAUUCAGAGCCUAUUGUAGCUUCAGCAGGUGGAGAACUCAGCUUUACUUGCUUGCUCGUAUGUGAUCCUACGAAAAAUGACCCUCCCGUCACAAUUGAAUCUUAUAUAGGUGAGCCCUCGCAAUUGACUGUAUUUUUAAAAGCUCAGCAAAUGACUUCAAACCCAACCCAAGCUGCUCUUUCAGAAUGGGUAAGAUUUUUCUUGCUGAAAGUGGGGAGUUUUUGUUCGAAGCCUCCGAAGUUCUUUGAGUUGAGGCCAAUUUCUUAUUAUAUGAAUUUAUAA